UGAACGAAUACAUUUGCGAUUGAAUGCACACGUCCGACCGAUCGACACACACACACACACACAUAUUGAUUACAUAUGCAGACAGACCCACCUACCUACCAGCCUAAAGACAGCAAGUCAUCCCUCCCCCUGCCCCUCAGCUGCCAUUUCCCUUCUUUGCCUUUCGCCCUCUAUCUCUUGCCUGAGCCUGUCCUGCUCCUCGUCACCUGCACCAGCUGUCCUGUUGCCCCCCGUUGCCCCUGUUGGUGGCGGCAGCGGGUGGCCGUGGAUGGCUGCCUUCAUGAUGCCCUCCAGCUCUUGUGUGGAUCUCAGCCGCCGAUUCUCCUCCUCUGUCAGCUCAGCCGUCAGCCGGUCAGACUCGGUACGCAGACGAGACACCUCUGCACACACACACACAUGAUGAUGCCUUCCUUGUUGUGUGUGUGUGUGUCUCGGUGUCUCUGUGCGGCUUGUCUUGUCCGCACCUGCACUGAUGUCUAUUCUGCAGGGUGGCAUAUGUUCGCCCUUUUUGCACACUUUGGCUUCAGCGGCGACCGAGUCGGCGCAGCACUGGCUCUUGCCGCCCGCAUACGCCUCACAGCCGGGUCCCCCGCACCUGUCGCACUCGGAGGCGGGACAGCACGCUGACGCAAGCUGCACCGUCGAGUUGUCGAUGGACACCUUGCCGCCGAGCGAGCUGCAGAUAAAGUCGCGGGCCCUCGCUGUGUCGUUGGCGAGGAGGGCCGUCUCGGCAUCGAGGACGGCUUUCUUCUGCUGCAGCAGGUCGGCUAUCUUGCUGUCAUACUCAUGAACCGCCGUCAGCAAGUCUGAAGAGAGCACAGACGCGGGCAUCCAGAUUGACCGACGAAGAUUGAGGAUGCGUGUGUGUUCUGUUCUAUGAUGUGUGUGUGUGUCCAGUCACUCUGCUGUCUGGAGAUGGCUUCGGGUGGGAGUGGAUGUGGGGCGCCCGGCUUGUGGCCGGGGGGAACUAGGCCCUCCUCCCUCGUCUCUCGCUCGAUCCUGCCUUCACCUGCACACAUACACCACCCCAGAGAGAGAGACAGAGAGAGAGAGAGAGACAGACAGAGAAAGAGACUUCAUCACACUGUAGUGAGUGAUGGAUAGGGUGCAUACUAGAGAAGACGCCACCCUCGACGAGUUCAUCGUGUGGCGCCCCCGCAGGCCUCUCCUCUUCGCCGGGCAGAGCUGCACAGACACCAAGACCCGACGGACAACUGUACCGGUCGGGUCGGUGUAUGCGUGCACCAAUUCAAUCUCACGUACGUUCUGCCUGCGGUGGCCCUGCGGGCCCUUCUUCUUUCCCUGCCUCCUCUUUCAGCUUCUCCCUGUGAUGCAGCUCGUGGUGUUUGCGGAGCUUCUCCCUGAGUGCCAGCUCUCUCGCAGUGAGGUCUGCCUCCCAGUGCUCCAGCUCAUCCUCCCACUUGUCCAGUUCGAACCCCUUGGCCUUCAGCUGCUCGGGCGUCAGCGAAGACAGGUCGGGGGGCAGCGGGUUGCCGGAGAUGUUGUGGGGCUGGGACGAGGCAGCGGAGGUCUCCAGAAAGGAACCUGGUGGCAGUGGGGUGGCGGCAGGGAGGGUGAUGGUUGAGGGUAUGUGUUUCGCUUACCUUCUUGGUCGCAGCUGGUGCAUUCGUCGCCAUAGAUUCCGACUCUCAUGCAGGCCCGGCCGUGCCAUGCCUUGGCGUAGAUGCGGACCGCCCCAGCGUGAAAGGGGAUCCCUAUCUGGUGACUCACCUGCACACACACAUGAACACACACGAGUGCAGGUGGUGUCUCGUGUGUCAUUUUCUGUCUGUCAGCCCACUUAACUUACUUGGUCGACGUUGUUGGUGUUCGCAUCAAGCACUGUCUGGAUGGAUCCUAUGUUGAGGGCGUCGUUGUACGUCAUCCAGUUCUGGAAUGCCGGCCGGGAGUCGUAGGCAUGCUUUAUCGUUAUGUUGGUCACCCACGACUGCUCACACGCAUUGGCUGCAGCCAAGCCACCACAACACAGCACCCACACAAGACAAGACAGACCCCUGCUUCAGCGAUAGAGACACACAUCCAUGCUGUCUGCGGCACCUUGUGUGACGACGCGCUUGAUGGUCUUGACUCCAGAGAAGGUGACUUGAAUGAAAGGCUCCUUGUCAGUGUUGGCGGCGCACCAGGCGCGGCCCUUGUAGCCGAGCCGUGCGCGCGUGAUGAAGUGUUUGGCGUCGAGUGGGUCCAGCUCCUCUGCGCGUCGACACGAUUCGACUUCGAUGGGUUGUGAGUAGUAGGAUGCAUUGACGGACGAGGCCUUGAUGUCGCGGUCCAUGACGAUGCGAUUGAUGCCCGUCAUCUCCACCGCACCAAAGAGGUCCUCGCUCACUGCAUCAUACCAGAGGAUAAGCACAAAGGCGUUGCUCUAUUUCUCUCUGUGUUACGGCACGCCCACCGUCUGGCUGCAUGAGUGCUAUUCUUCUCUGCGAUGAUGCAAUCACGCGUGUUCUGUCGAUGCGGCCGCCGGCACCCACCGAAACCCUCUGCAAACGGACAAAACUCUCCCCACAAAGCCAUGGCAGAAACAUGCCCGAGGAAAUGUGUGCCCACGUGUGAGUGCAGGUGUAGUGCAUUGACGAGAGCAGCAGAAGCCAGCACAAACAGCACCACAUGGGCCGCUCUGUUGAUGACAUCUAACCAUCGCAGCCUCAUCGCGGGGAGAGAAGGGA